AUUCAUGACAAACGUUGAAUAGUAGAAUGGCCAAUACGAACUCGCAAUCGCAAUCACGCGUAUCGGAAUCAAGUCGCACCACCGAGGAUGACGAUGAUUCCUCGUGUGCCAUUUGUAUAAUGCCACCGCGUCCGGGCACUGCGCCGAAGAACUUCCGGGAGCUGCACAUUCCACGCGAUAUACUGACGCCGGUCGACUAUCCUAUACAGGAGGCGCAGCGUUGGUUGACCCUCAUGGGUAGAAAUGGAAGAGUCUAUCGCUUCCCACUGCCCACCAUCUUACCGAAGGUGAUUCAGACGCGUUUCGUGGCCAAGGGUGAGCUACCCAAGGAUGUGGCCGUCGAUCGUCGGCGGCGACAGUAUGCCAAAAUCAAUUUAAUGGAGGAACUGAAGAAUGCCGGUCUCACCGAUGACAUCCUCCAGCCAACGGAAGAACAAUACAAUCUCAUGUCCGAGUUUGCCUUUCCGCACAAAUUUCCGCUGAGCUACUUCGAUGACAGCAACUAUGACAUCAGCUCGCCGGAGGCAUGGUUUGAGUUGGGCGUCGUUGGUGAUGUUCAUUACCCGCUGCCCGCUCGAGCUUAUUUACCCUACAAUCGAAGUUUGCGCAGCUGCCGUUGGGUUAUGGCUGCCGUUACGUCCUACAACGAGAAAUUAGAUUUGUGGACGCUGACCUCGCUGGACGAUGAGUGCAGCUACGAGGUGCCCAAGUUGCAGUUCAUGUUCCUCGCCGAGGAUCCCCACAAGUACAUCCAGCGACUGCAGUCGGCGGUUCACGAGCGCCACAAGGGUGAGCAGCUGAUGUUGAUGGAGCUGAUUGUGGAUUGUGUGCUCCACGAUGACAUCGAGUCGACAACGCUGCAGAGUUCCAAGCCUAUUGAGGCGAUACUACAGAAGGCGAAUGUCUCCGAACAGUGCAAGCGUCGCCUACGCUCCGAGGUGAAUAUUGUCUUUGAGAGAUUGAUGGCGUUGUAUGAGCUGGAACAGUUCAUCAUUCACAUGCCCAAGGAGUUUCCGCAAUUUCAAAAUAUCUCCCUCAAGGAGUUUAUGCCCACCGCGGCACGUGUUGAUUUUGCGGAUAAGGAGCGCCAUGAGCUGCAGGCUCUUGGCAUUAAUAUCAAGGAGAAACGUUACGGUUGGCUGCGGGCCAGUCUCUUCUAUUGCGGGGGCGGCAUUGAGUCGAUGAUGGGCGUGGCCGGCGAAUGUCAGCACAUCGAGACACUCACCAUAUUUGUGGUGACGUUCAAUAAGCCAACGGCUCUCGCGGACUUCCUGCAAUCGCAAGAGUCGCAUGGUAAUAGCGUCGCUACCUUCCUCAAGGUCUACUGGCCACAGAAGCUGACCACUGUGAUUACGCUGGUAUUGCGUGCCCUGGGCAAGGGUUGGCUGGACAUCUCCCUGAACAAUUGGACAGUCUAUGCCAUGUGCAAAAUAUCCCGAUUCCUUCUGCAGGUCAAGUUUCGCAUGCAAGAAUCGAUGGAGGUGCUGCUGCUCACCUCCCUGAUGAACUUUUCGCAUCUGGUGUGCGAUCCGUGCUUACAAUUCCUUGCGCUCAAGCACAACUAUAAGUGGACUAAUAAUUUUAUAGAAACGGAGUUUCCCUUUCCCAAGCCCGUUUUUGCUUUAACCAUUGGUAUUAAUGAGGAUCGCAAAGUGUUCUACUCCACCAAUCCGGAUGAGUUUCAGCCAUCGCUAAUGGAUAUCUAUAAGCGUAACUUGGAGAAGACAUCGGGUGUGCGGCUCAUCGAUGCGGAUGUGAUGACCAAUUUGAAAUUUGCCCAUAAUCUGUAUAUACUAACUGUGGAGCUGAUUGAGGACAAGUAUCUGGAGCAGAAUGAAUUGAUGCGACGCUGCUAUGCUCAGGCGGUGAUUCCGAUCAAGUCAUAUGCGCGACUCUAUGAGAGAUUUAUUGACUUUUAUUUGCUGAACGUCACCGACUUUAUGAAGGACUAUAAGGACGCGCGCAAGCCUUCGUCUCGGGUCAAAUGGGAUAUAUUGGAGUACAGACGGCAGAAGGAGGAGGUGCGUGAAAUCCUGCCUGCUUAUAUAACAAUUGGACCCUUCUGCAUCAAUGUGGACAUUCUGAAGCAGUUUAUGAUCAAGAAAUAUAUUGAACUUGUGAGAAGGAUCUUUGACUACUAUGUGGAUCGGAUGUAUGAGACGAAUGAACUGUUGCUAGAACGAUGCCAGGAUGUGUUCCACAAGAUCGAUGUACGUCCCAUUAGCAUUGAGCAUUUGUACGAGAUCCGUGAUUAUGGAUUGAUUGUGCCGGACAUUGUCGAGCAGCUCCGUGCCGAUAUACAGAUUAUGUGGCUGGAAUACGAUAUGUUGGAUAGUUUCUUUUAUAAUCUGAGCGAUCAUCAGUUUGCCAUGAAAUGGAAUGCAUAUGCCUGGCCACAUCAGAUCCUUAUGCGGUUGGCCACGCUCAAGGACGAACAGAAACUGGAUAUUGAGGAGUUUCUGCGCCAGCAUUACAGCGAAUGCCAGGGCUUUGAGGAGCGUCUGGAGUCGCUGAAUGAUGAGGUUCAGGCAUUCUCACUUAUCUUCAAUCCGAAUCGUGCACAGGAAACAUCGGUGGAUAUUAAAAAGACGUGGGCGCUGAUCAAGGAUCUGGAGAAGAUCGGACAUACGUUGCAGUAUCGACAGGAACUCUUCGAAUUGGAGCCACUGUCCACAGAAUUCCUCACCAGCAUCAUCAACAGCUUUGCCCCCUAUAAGCAGUUGUGGUAUGCUUGUGCGAAUUUUCAAAAACUGGAGGAUGCCACUUUGGGCAAUCCGAUUUCAUUGCUCGAUUUGGAUGAGGUGUGGAAUCAUUUGAUGCUUUUGCGCAAGGAGCUCGUCGAGUCCCUGGACAAUUUCAGUGAGAAGGCCGAGAUUAUGGAAGUGGCUAAGGUGUUUGUAGGGAAAAUCGAUAAUUUUGUGCCCGUUUACAACAGCGUUAAGGAUCUGCGCAACGAGAACUGGAUGUAUUUGCAUUGGUUGGAGCUGAGUCAUACCCUUGGCCAGGAGGUCAAAUACACGGUAUCCAUGAAUUAUCAAUAUCUCAUGCGUAAGGGCAUCUUGAACCAUCUGCCCGCGGUGCACGAAAUCUCUGUCAAAGCCAGCAAUGAGGCCAAGGAAAUCUUGCGUGCCAUCGAGGAGGAGGAGCGACGUAAACAGGAUGAAUUGGAUGCCCUAUUGUUGCGCAAACAGUUGCGCAAAUGUCGCAGGGAUAUUAUCUAGAAGAUUGCACAUUUCGUUGUAUGCCAAGACCUUUCCAUUCAUUGCAAAUUUUUGAUCUCGAAAUUCGAUCUUAUCUUAGUAUAUUGAAAUAAAAUGUUGUCGACAAAGCCAAA